UGGGGAAGUGAAGGCCGUGGAAUGCUCCCUGAGGGAAACCUGAUAUCACCUUCCACUGCAGUGAGGAGGCGAACCAACCGGCCCAGACCAUCCUGACAAGACAAGGGUGACUGGCAGCUCUAUCGUCCAAUCACAUGGCGGCCUUGGCGCCCCGGAUGGGCGGUGCUUCCUGGUCCGCCGUGCUGGUCGGGUCGCGGUGCCGGUCCCGGUUCGCGGAGGUGAUGGGGGCCCCAGGCGACGCCGGCGGGGCUGGAGCGGGGCCGGGAUCCGGGCCGCCGCCGCCCGGGGACCUGCGCAGCGUGCUGAUCACCAGCGUACUGAACCUGGAGCGGCUGGAGGUCGACCUUUUCAGGGGCCAGCACCACUGGGUGCCCGCCACGCAGCACCUCUUCGGCGGGCAGAUCGUGGGGCAGGCGCUGGUGGCGGCGGCCCACGCCGUGAGCCGCGACGAGCAGGUGCACUCGCUGCACUGCUACUUCGUGCGGACAGGGGACCCCAAGGUGCCGGUGCUGUACGAAGUGGAGCGGACCCGCACAGGGAAGAGUUUCUCCGUUCGCUCUGUAAAGGCCAUCCAGCAUGGAAAGCCCAUCUUCACCUGCCAGGCCUCCUUCCAGCUCUCGCAGGGGAGCCCAGUGCAGCACCAGUUCACCAUGCCGACCGUGCCACCCCCCGAGGAGCUGCUGACACAGGAGGAGCUCAUCCAGAAGUUUCUGCAGAAUCCUAAUGUGGCUGAGGGCUACAGGAAGCGUCUCACCAAGAUCCAAGCUCAAGAUGUGCCGAUUGACAUUAAACCCGUGAACCCACCAGAUAUAUUCAGCUCAGAGCCACAGGAGCCAAAGCAGCUUUUCUGGGUGCGAGCACGAGGCUACAUAGGAGAGACUGACAUGAAGGUGCACUGCUGCGUGGCUGCCUACAUCUCUGACUACGCCUUCCUGGGCACGGCCCUGCUCCCGCACCGGCAGUACCGUGUCAAGUUCAUGGUGUCCCUCGACCAUUCCAUGUGGUUCCAUGCACCCUUCCGAGCUGACCACUGGAUGCUGUACGAGUGUGAGAGCCCCUGGGCUGGUGGGUGCCGGGGCUUGGUGCAGGGACGGCUGUGGCGCAGGGAUGGGGUCCUGGCUGUCACCUGCGCACAGGAAGGUGUCAUCAGGGUGGAACAGACACCAACCCAGAGCAAGCUCUAGCUGAGGACACCCUACAGACUGGGGCUGAAGCAUGCCUAGGGAGGGACCCUGAGAUGAAGGCAGGACCUGGACAGGAACAGGAAGGAGACCAGGUGGGACCAAGCACUGCAGGAAGUCCUGGUGCCCGAGGUGUCUGCGACAGACUGUGACCAACAGAGCAUCGUUGCAACCAGCUGCUAGCUGCACAGCAUGUAAGCACAUGUUGCCAUCAGCUAUCUUUCACCCACCUUAAAAUAAAGCCGUUGGGUGAAGA